GUUCGAUAUGCACCAGGUGUCAAGCGCCGAAUAGUUGAUAAACUCAUGUUACCAAGGACCCCGUUUAGUGAUCCCCCACCCCAUUCUUCGCUACCACUUUAUCGCUGUCCAUCUGAUGUCGUUAGACGCCUUUGAUGUCAAUCACCAUAGCGGGUGCCUUUCCCUAAGACGCUUGUUCAAGUUUAAACCUCAACGCGUCCCUAAGAGUUCCAGUACACAAGCGAACCCAUCCCAUAUAUGUGAUCAGACGCGAAAGGCAUCUGAUUCAGAAAGAGAUGCUAAGAUCACUGAUCUGACCUCUCGCGUGUUUUAUGAUACGUGCUGUGACUUUGGAAGCAGAUUCGAUAGUGCAGUAUCCCAGUGGGAGGCUCCUCCCGUUUAUUCAGAUCUGCCUUCUUCUAAUGAUUCUAUACGUGGAGAAAUACGGCACACGAUAGAAACUGUGAUCGACACACUCGGUUCUUCCCUACGAUCGCUCAGUCUCCAGAUUCAUAGCCACCCAGAAUUGAUGUUUGAAGAAAUAUUUGCUCACAGACUUCUGUCUGAUUACAUGGAAAGUCAUGGGUUUUCUGUGACGAGGCAUUAUCUCGGCCUCAAGACUGCUUGGAAGGCUGAAUAUACCCACGGACAGGGAGGCAGAACCCUUGGGAUUAAUUCGGAGAUGGAUGCCUUACCUGAGAUUGGGCAUGCAUGUGGCCACAACCUCAUUGCAAUCAGUGGGGUAGGUGUGGCAUUAGCCAUAAAAUCCGCAUUGGAAACCUACAACGUUCCUGGUACUGUCGUUCUUCUAGGAACCCCAGCUGAAGAAGGUGGUGGAGGAAAGAUUAUCCUGCUUGAGCGAGGAGCCUACAAAGGGAUGGAUGCUUGUUUAAUGUGUCAUCCUUCCCCUGGGCCCGAGCUAUCUUCGUUUGUGGUAUCUUCGUUGGCGAUGCAAUCUAUAGAUGCCGAAUUCUUUGGGCAAUCCGCUCAUGCUGGCAAUGCUCCAUGGGAAGGUGCCAACGCGCUUGAUGCUGCGUUCUUAGCAUACUCCAGCGUCUCCGUGUUACGACAGCAGAUCAGACCUGACCACAGAGUCAACGGUGUGAUAAACGGGAGCGAGAGAGCUGCGAAUGUAAUCCCAGACUACGCCAAAAUGAGGUGGUAUGUCCGAGCGCCGACACGAGACCAGUUAACGCAACUGACGGAAAGAGUAUGCGCCUGUUUUGAGGGUGCGGCUCUGGCAACUUCCUGCCGUCUGAAGAUUACAAAGAACACGCCCUAUUACGACUUACGGCAGAAUAGCAUCCUUGCGGGUGCCUUCUCUCACACGAUAUGUCAAGAGUAUGGCAUGAACGUCGGGCAAUAUCCUUCAGGGACAUCUACAGAUUUCGGCAAUGUUUCAUACGUCUUGCCUUCGCUACAUCCAGCAUUUGCCAUCCCUACCCGGCCUAAUGGGGGAAACCAUUCGCCAGCAUUCGCUGAUUCUGCGCGAACCACGGAAGCCCAUAAAGCGUGUAUGCUUACCACCAAGGCCUUGGCGUGCACCGGCUUCCGUGUCCUGGAAGACAAUAUUUUUUUCAUGCGGGUACGAGAGGCCUUUGAGGCUAGCAUGUGAUACAAUCCAUAAUGGAGCUCAUGAAUGUAUGUUUAGCAUGAGAUAGGUACCACCGCACCACGUAUGUACUUAUAUGUAGAGCAUCAUCUCAGAAAGAUUCAAAGAAUAGUCAUAAAAAUCAAAAGCAGUCCUGUCCUAAGAUCCGAUCCGAUCGUACAAGCCCCACCCCGAACCCAGGCUGUCUCAGCGCUACUGAUAUUUACGUGUUCCCGAGUCUCCCUCAGCCUGUUCUU